AUGCCAUUAGAUUUUGGUCGUCUGCCUAUUAAUAUUCAAAAGUAUUUAGCUGCAUUUAAAGUAAAACUUUUAGUUGACCGAAAUGCGCACCGUAAAAAUGCACCAGUUAUUCUGGAAGAGCAAGAGUUUUUUGGAGAAGUAUAUUAUUACUUUUCACAUCAAUAUAAUGAUCACUGGUCUAUGCUAGCAUAUGUACAGUGGGUUCGAAAUCCCCAGCCAUCUGGACAUGGCCCAUUAAAAUUCCGAGAUCUUGGUGCAUUUGAGAGUUAA